UCUUUAUGUGUCUCUUUAAUGAAUCUUCCACAACCAAUAAUCUAAUAAUCUCAAAUGGUAUUUUCAAGAGAGAUCUAUGACUCUUGAUGGCUUUAUUUAUAGGUUUUGACCCAUUCCUCCCCCUGCCUAUAAUUGCUUUCUCUUUUACUGUGGCCUUUCACUGCCUAUAGGCAUGCACUGUCUAACAGCAAUCCUUUGAGGGUUUCUCAUCUCCGUAGUCAGCCUCUGAGAUUUGCACUGCCAUGUGCCAUGGAUAACAUUGUAAAAAUAGCCCAUCCUGUAUUUGGGAUGAUCCGGUCUCUAAUGCCCCGUCUUUGUUAACACUGCUGACAUCUCAGGAAUUCAGUGGCAAGCAGGGGUCAGUCGGACCCAAGUAUAAGGGGUGUGUGGGUAUGGAUGUGAAUGUGUAUGACCACACUAAACCCUGUUGGAGUACAUGGCAGCCAGUAUUACACCAGAACAAAGUACAACAGAAGCUCAGGGUUGAUAAGGAGCUACCUCAGAGUAGUAAUGGAGGAGCAGAGAGUGGGGAAGAAGGCGGAGCAGGAUUGCAUAGAGGUUCCAGACAAGGUUCUGGAGGGAGAUGUGGAGACAGACAAGAUUCUAAAGAGAGGAAUGGAUGAGGGAGAAGUUCUGGAAGGCACUAUGGAUGUUCGCAAGGAUCAAACCAAGGUUCUGGAAGACUGUGUAUACAUGGAUGAAGAUCAAGUUCUUGAAGGUGUGGAAGUGGAUACAUUUCAAUAUGAGGUUCCAGAGUCCAGUAAUGAAGUGGGCAAGGUUCAAGAUGAGGUUCUGGAUGGCAGUAUAGAUGUUGUCAAGGUCCUAGCUGUGGUUCUGGAGGGUUGUUUUGACAAUGAAAUGUCUCAAGACAAGGUUCUGGAGGAUGGUGUGGAUGUGGACAAGGUUUUAAAUUCUAGUUUGGAUACGGACAAGGUCCAAGACAAUGUUACGGAGGGUGGCGUGGAGGAUAACACGUUUCAAGACUUCAAGAAGGUUCUUGAUGGUGGUGUUGAAGUGAACAAGGAUUUGGAGGGAGGUUUGGACAUGGACAAAGUACAAGACAAAGUUCUGAAAGUUGGUGUGGAGGUGGAUAAGUUCCAAGACAAGGUUCUGAAGGGCGGUGUGGGUCUAAACACAGCAGAAGACAAUUUUGUAAAGGGGAAUGUCGAUGUGGAUGAGAUUCAUGACAAGGUUCAGGAGGGCAGUGUGUAUGUGGAAAACGUUCUAGAGGAAGCUCGGGAGGAGGCUGAGGACAUGGAUAAGGUACGAAACAAGAUGAAGGACGGUGUUGAUGUGGACAAGACUCUAGGUGAGGGUCUGAAGGGCAGUGUGGAUGUAAAUAAGAACAGUGUGGACUUGAACAAGCCUCAUGACAUGGUCCUGGAGGACAAUGUGGACAUGGAGGAGGUUUUGAAUACUCAGGAGCGGAUGGAUACCAUGCGCUGCCAGGUGAAGAUCACCACACGGCACAGUUUGCAGCUGCGCAUGGUCAAUCACACAGCUCAGGAUGUGUUUGUGAGGCUGCUCAGCCAUGGGGAACGAAUCGCAGGAAGUGGUAAGGAAGCAUAUUUCUCAGAUUAUGAUAACAAUGAUCAUGAUGAUAAUCCCAUAAAUAUCUUACUGGUUACUAGCCCACUCAGUGUUGAUUUAUCUUAGCUUAGAAAUACUCCUACCGAGAUAUUCUCUGUUCCCUUUGUCACUACGAACUUGAAGGGAGGCCUUCCACACA